UACUCUUUGAAGUAUCAUUCCCUGAAAAAAUGGCUUCUAAGCUGCUUCUGCUUCUGCUUCUUGGCGCUGUUGUUUGCACCACUGGUUUUGCUAGGAAGCUUGUGAGCCAAAAGGGUUCUUUGGAGGAUGAGAAGACUUUCUUUAAUCAUCCUACAUAUGGUGGAGGGCUAGGUGGUGGGGGUGGUGGUGGUGGUGGCUUGGGGCUUGGUGGUGGGUCUGGGUUCGGAGGUGGAGCUGGUAGCGGUUUUGGAGGUGGGGCUGGGCUAGGUGGGGGGGCUGGAGGAGGCUUCGGUGGUGGUGGCGGCGGUGGCGGUGGUGGUGGUGGUGGCGGACUAGGCGGUGGAGCUGGUGGUGGAUUUGGUGGGGGUGCUGGUGGUGGACUUGGAGGUGGAUUGCCCUAAGUUCAUGCAGAAGAAAUAAAUGUUCUCAUGCAUGGUUAUUGCAUGGAUCUUAAAUGUUCAAAUGUAUUAAUUUGUGAUGUAAUUUUACUUCAUGGCAUGUUCACAUUAUUAUUUGUAUGAUGUUGAGUUCAAAUCUUAAGGAAGAAUAAGCUCUUUCCAUAUAUA